CUUCCUACACUGUUGCUACUGUUCGCUGUGAGACAUUCCAGCUUCUCUUCCCCUUCCGUGAGUCCCUCCUUCUCUCUCCUCAGAGACCCCGCUGGCCCUACGGGCGGCCACCGCCGCAUCCCUCGCUCCCCGAGCGUGCAGUGCGCGUGCGCGUGCGCGCGGCCGUCGGGUCCCCGCGCUCCCUCCUCCUCCCACUCCUCUAUAACUUGGCUGGCUCGGAGGAGGCGCCGCCGGAGUCGGAGGGCGGGGAGCUCGGUGGAGGGAGCUCGAGAGUUGUGGAGACUAGUGACGGGGAGAAGUCGCAGUCGGCUCUGGUCGGCUCCUUCCCGCUCCCGGUCUCUCUCACACACCUACUCCGCCUCCCGCCCCGGCCCGCGCCCUCGCCUCUUCUCUCGUCCAGGGCCUCUGCGGGUCGCUCUCCGGGUUUCGGCGCGGCGGGGGCGCCCCGGGGGUGCCCUCGCCCUCCGGGUGCGGGCAGACGGGCGGCGGGCGGGAUGUGGCGCCUGGUGCCCCCGAAGCUGGGCCGCCUGUCCCGCUCGCUGAAGCUGGCGGCUCUGGGCAGCCUGUUGGUGCUGAUGGUGCUGCACUCGCCGUCGCUGCUCGCCUCCUGGCAGCGCAACGAGCUGGCCGACCGGCGCUUCCUGCAGCUCAAUAAGUGCCCGGCGUGCUUCGGCACGAGCUGGUGCCGGCGCUUCCUCAACGGGCAGGUGGUGUUCGAGGCGUGGGGCCGCUUGCGCCUGCUGGACUUCCUCAACGUGAAGAACGUCUACUUCGCGCAGUACGGCGAGCCCCGCGAGGGCGGCCGCCGCCGAGUGGUGCUCAAGCGCCUCGGCUCGCAGCGCGAGCUGGCGCAGCUCGACCAGAGCAUCUGCAAGCGGGCCACCGGCCGGCCCCGCUGCGACCUGCUCCAGGCCAUGCCCCGCACCGAGUUCGCGCGCCUCAACGGCGACGUGCGGCUGCUCACGCCCGAGGCGGUGGAGGGCUGGUCCGACCUGGUGCACUGCCCCUCGCAGCGCCUGCUUGACCGCCUAGUGCGCCGCUACGCCGAGACGAAGGACUCGGGCAGCUUCCUGCUCCGCAACCUCAAGGACUCGGAGCGCAUGCAGCUGCUGCUGACCCUGGCCUUCAACCCCGAGCCGCUGGUGCUACAGAGUUUUCCAUCUGAUGAAGGUUGGCCAUUUGCAAAAUAUCUUGGAGCUUGUGGAAGAAUGGUGGCUGUCAAUUAUGUUGGAGAAGAACUGUGGAGUUACUUUAAUGCACCGUGGGAGAAACGAGUUGACCUUGCUUGGCAAUUAAUGGAAAUAGCAGAGCAGCUUACAAACAAUGACUUUGAAUUUGCACUCUACCUCCUGGAUGUCAGCUUUGACAAUUUUGCAGUUGGUCCGAGAGAUGGGAAGGUAAUCAUUGUGGAUGCUGAAAAUGUUUUGGUUGCUGACAAAAGGUUAAUUAGACAAA